CAAGGGUCCAGUUUAUCUUGGCCACCACCUGGUAGCCUUUUAUCCGGCCACGAUUCUUGAAGUGCGCACGCAUGGUUCCUGAAUUUGGAAUUUGGAACUUGGGGUUGCUCUCCCAGCAUCACGUGCACCACCAAUCAAUUGAAAUCCCCACAUCUACUAGUUGACUCUAGACUGCCACCAUCAUGUCUGACGACGAGAAGAAGAAGAGAUCGGUCAAAGCCUCGGGGUUGACCGAGGAGCAGAAGAAAGCCCACCAUAUAGCUUCAGAGCAGAAGAGAAGAGAGAACAUUCGGUCUGAGUUCGACAAAAUAGUGUCGCUCACUCCCACGCUCAACGAGCUGGAGAAUCGGUCGGAGUUGAACAUCUUGACCAAAAGUGCCGACUUCAUCGACCACUUGAAAGAAGAAAACCGCAAAUUGGUGGAGUUGUGUCGGGCCAACCACAUUGAAGUACCCCAAGAUUUGUACUAUACGGGUCCCGCAAGCGACGGCAGUGAUGUGACCAAGUAGACUAGAGAGGCUCUGUGAGUCUAUACAAAAAUGACGAAAUGUAUUUUACUAUUUAAUGAUAAAACAGUAUGUGGAUGUAUAUAGCAGAUUUGACCUCGAUGUUAUUAUGUACAUGGCAUACGUGAAAAUAACGAUGAAUCAAUGAAUCUGAUGCCACUCAAU